AUGAAGCUCCCAUUCCUCUCCUUGCUCCGACUCGCUGCAAGGUUGGCUGUGGCCCAAGAGUAUUGCCAUGUUCCCGAAAUGGAGCGCUCUAACAACAGAUUCAGUACAAAUGCCGGUGGCUCUGAUGUGGCUUCUCCUAUCGGAACACCGCAGGGUCAAUGUGUUGGUUGUUACUUUUUGGGAACAAUGAAUGCAACUCUUACAAAGGUAAAGCAAGCAUUCCUCGACAGUACUUGGACUUCGACGAUAGAUCCGCUCGGCUCUCUUCGAACAGACUCUAAGCCUUCCACCGUCUUGAAUUUGAAUCUCGAUCUUGCAAUCAACGUGGCAGGAAGUUACAUUGUCCCUUUGUUGAAUUCCAGCGCUAUUGUAUGGGGUGCCAUUAGUCAAGACGUGCACUCCAAAGUAUUCGCUUCUCUACAGUUAUUCGUCACCGCCAACAGCCAGUCAGAGACAACAUCUGUAUAUAACCUCAAAUGUCCCGAAGGCGUAUAUGUUGCUUUCAACGAAUUUGAUGUAGGAUCCUUGACCUCCAGCCUGCACGUAAAAGACCGAUCUCCCGCUUGCGCGAACCUUACCUUUUACAGGCACUUAUGUACCCUCCAAGCUCUUCCCGGUAGAAGCUUCUGGGGGCCGGGAACUACUACUAUUACUUUACAGUUCCGUCUCUACUACAUUGAUAGUCUGACGUCUCAAGGCAAGAAUGCAACUCUCAGUACUACCGCCAUUACGAACGUAGUCGUCUGCAGACAAGUUCCCAAAGGCGCAAGCAGCUGCGAGGCCAAAGUGGAUCAGGUUCACUAUGAUGUCUCUUCUUAUCUACUAUUUGACAAUGGGUGGAAUGCGUCAACUAGUUAUACCUCUGAUAAUGUGUGUGGUGAAGGGAUCUUGAACAACUUGUCUUACGUAUUCAGACUUCUCUUCACUGCGAUUUCUUCAUGA